AUGAACUCGUUGACCUCUAACACGUCGCUUAAUGGCACUCCCGUGAACGAGGCGCCUGUCGCAAGCUCCGAGCCGGUGAACAUGUUCGAGACGAUGGUGGCCAAUCCUAUAAAAGUGUCUCGGUUGCAGUCCAAUGGAGUUCUGACGGGGGCUGCGGCCAAUACCAAGUCUAUCCAUUACUCGCUGGCGAACUUUAAUGUGUUUCAAUUGCUGCCCAAGGAAACAGCGCGAGGCGUAGACGAUUUGACUAGAAUGGAGAUGGCUUUAUUGAGUGAGAUUCCGGAGGAAAUCAAAUGGUCCUUGAAAAAGUAUCUUACGUACAGUAACAAGGCGCCGUACAUGAUCAGCUUGCGGACGUUACCGGACCUGUUGCCGCUUUUCAAGACGUUUAUAUUGCCCCUGGAGCGGAUCGUGGAGGGGCUUAACCAGUCCUCUAUAUGCGAUUCGGACGCGAUGGACUCUUUGCAGAUGGGCUUGAACGCCUUGCUGAUCUUAAGAAAUUUGGCCCAGGACACUGACUCCGUCCAGGUGCUGGUUAAAGAUGCGGAAAUCAAAUCGUUCAUUCUCUUCGUGUUGAAGAAGUUUCAGUGCGUCGCCACAGGAGACAACAAGUGGCAACUGUACGAAGGUAAUGCGACUUUUUUCAACGAAUUGACCCAUUACACUCUGGACUUGAUGGAAGCGAUAUCCUCGUAUAUUGCGCCUGCCAUGAAGGACGACCAUUAUUUCCAAACGCUAGUGUCCAUCCUGAACUACACUAAGGACAGAUACAUGGUUAUUUCCAUACUAAGGUCUCUUUCGAGGUUACUGGUUAGGUCCAAAGCUAAUGAAGAGAGCGCGGCCGACAAUUUGGACCACAAGACUUUGUCGUUAAUCGUUUCCUUUUUACUGGUGGAGUGUGAUAGUGAACUAAUUAUUGCAUCGUUGGAUUUCCUCUAUCAAUACGUCUUGCCCGGUUCUCAGAGAAUCACAGAACUGUUCAAGAGUAAGGAAUGCUCUUUGAUACUGGAGGCCACGCUUCCCAACUUGCUAUCGUACAAUAUUGCCACGCCAGACUAUAACUCUUUGCAAAGGCACAAGAUCAAGUUAGUGAAGCGUUUGAAGCCUCCCGCACCCAAAGAGCCACCCAAUCUAUCAGACGAACUGUUCCAACAGCUGUUCAAACUUAAUGAGCCCCUGAGGUCGACCACCUGGUUGAGGUGUUGCUUUGAGCCCGUGCAAGAGGCAGAGUUUACACAAAUAUCACUUUGGAGAUCAUAUGAAUCCAAGUUCGGUCAGCUUGUCCGUGAAUCCGGACGGAAACUGCUACCUGCUGUGGAGUUCAUCAAAAACGUUUCCAAUGCUUUCAACAACGCCGCCGCUAUCGUGAUUACCGACCCAGUGACGGGGAAGAAGAGAUUUGUGAUCAAGGGCAUCCGGCCAAGAUUCAAGCCCCUGAGCAUUGUAGAUGGCGAAAGAGAAUCGCAAGUUCCCAUCUCGGCAUUAAAAUCCAAGUUUUUGAACGACUCUGAAGAAAUUACACCUGCAAGACAAAAUAGCAUACCUGACAUAAAGUUCCCCCAAGAGCUAUCAGAUGUCUCGAAAGUCGCAUGUACAUUCCUGUGUCUUUUGUCCAACGACACAAAUGAUGGCGUCGGCUCCGCAUUUUGUCAGCGCAUCAGACCGUUGGUUUUACACAAAUUGGCAGAUAUUCCACCCUUAACAUUGGCAUUGUCAGAAUACAUGGGAAACACGUCGGGAUUAUGA